GUUUUUACGGUUGAUAAUCUUUGUUCAAUAUGUACCAUUUCUUCGUUAUAACCAUGACUAAAUUCAAUAUGAGGAAGUACUUUGACAGGUUUCCAUUUAUAUGAGAAUAUACAACAUUGUUUAUUCAUAGAAACGCCCCCAGAUUCCCUAGGUAUUUAUACUAUUGUCAUCACAACUACUUCAAACGCGAUUACGGUUUUCUUCGAAUGUUGGCAUAAACAAAUCUGUUUAGAUGGAGGUACAUGUGACGUUGACAACGCUGGCUCUGUUUGUGAUAAUUUUCAUUGUUUUCUUGGUUGGAUUACUUUUUUAUCUUUACCCGGCUGGUAAAUCAUCAUCCAUACCUGGACCUAAUCCAUCUGAUGCAGUAGAAGGCAACAUUAGCGAUAUUCGAAAAACUGGAUCAUUACAAGAAUAUCUUAGUGAACUGCAUUCGGAUUAUGGUGAAGUUACUGCAUUCUGGCAUGGAACAAAGACUAUAGUUUCCGUCUCAAAUGUUGAACAUUUUGCUCCAAGAAGCCAAGUCUUUGAAAUACCAGAAGUGCUCUUUGAGGGAUGGCGUCCAAUGAUUGGUGACUCAAGCUUCAUUUUCUGUAAAGGACUUGAUAUAUUCAGCCGACGUGAUCAAUUUGAGUUUAAAGUUGACACAAAAACCAAGCAAUAUUAUGGAAAUUUAUUCACAAAGAUAUCCAAAGAACUAGUUCAGAAAUGGUCAUCACUACCUGAAGGUCAGCAUGUUCCUCUGACUCAGCAUUUAAAAGGUUUUGCCACAAAAGCUGUUUGCAGAAUGCUGCUCGGAGACUAUUUCAAGGAUGACGUAAAGGUCAUCAAGUUGCACAGAGCAUGGGAACAUUGUUGGACAUACAUCGAAAGUCUUGGUGGUGAUAAAGGACCUGUUAGCUUGGAAAAAGAUUUUAAAAAAAAUUUGAGUGAAUUAACCAAGAUCCUAGAAGAAGCUUUGGAAGAGCGCUUUAAAAACCAGAAAGGAGAACCGGUCAUAUUGGACGGAAUUCUAAAUUCAUCGGAAUCAUCGUCCAUACCAGAGAAGCAACUUGUUUGUGAUGCAAUUUCACAACUCACGAUUGGACUGAUUGUCACUCAUAGUGUUCUCAUGUGGGUUGUAUAUUUUGUUGCAACUCAUUCUGAAGUUCAGAACAAACUAAGAAAAGACUUGAGAAAAAAUGAAAAUUUGGAAAUAAUGCCUGAAACUAUAGGGAAAAUCAGGUAUUUGCAAGAUGUUAUUAAGGAAUCAGUUCGAUGUGGAUCCAUAUUUUCAUGGAUUGGAAGAAAACAAGACAUCGAUAUAACUAUUGGUGGGCACAUCGUACCUAAAGACACACCGGUGAUAGAAGCAAUUGGUGAAGCAAUGCAAGAUGAAAAUCUGUUUAGUGAUCCUUCGUUAUUUGAUCCUGGACGGUUUUCAGCUCAAGACAAGGAUGAGGGAAAGAAAAUUAAUCCUCUGGCUCACAUCCCAUUUGCUUUUGGAGGAAGUCGCAAAAAUCCGGAGAAUAGUUUGGUUUACUUGCUUGCUGCUAUACUGGUUUGCAAUAUUACAAGAGAGCUCAAAAUUGGAAUCGCUGGUGAUAGUGCUCAGAACUUGUCAGAUCCAGAUUAUUCCAGUUUUGUUUCAAUACCAUCAAAAGAAGAGUUGUGGGCUACCGUCUCUCUUGCAGGAAAGUCUGCUACUGAGGCAAUUGGAAAGAAGGAAUAAGGAGAUUUUACUAAAAAUAAACUAUGAUAUAAGGAACGUUUUUGUUGAAGCAUAUUUUCAUGGAGAACUAGAAGUUGGCAUUAAAUUACUUAGCGAAGAGUUAUAAGAUAUAUUGCAUGUGCGAUGUCAGUUGGAGACUGAAGUUUGAAGCUAUAUUAUUGUCACCUGAUGAAAUUUUGAUUGUUUGAUGCUGUAUUAUUUCAUCCAUAUAUCUUGGAGAAAGUAACAUUCAGUUUGCUAUUUAGAAAAUAUGGCGAAGUAUUAGGACACCAGAGUGAUAUAAUGCCCUCGAGUUUGAAGGAAUGAUCUUUAUGAAUGGCUUAAGCCUUGGAUUAUCAAAGGCGUAGGGCAAGAAACAUGCUUUAUGUUUAGAGGUGUAUACAUCAGUGUCCCUUUUCCCAAGUCCUUAUCCCAUGUAUCACUUUAUAGUGUAAAAAAUGUAGUAGUAUGGUGUACAUACGUCCAUAACAGCGCACUGAUUUAUUGCUUGCCAAAAGUUGCUGUUAUUAUGUGUCUGAUUGUAUAUAAUUUUCAAUGCCAAAAUUAUUUAUCCUAAGCGAGGAUCCAUCUCUGGACGAAAAAAUUGAUACUGUUAUUGGUAUGUUAUACUGGUACACUCUGCCUAUGAUGAAGCUUGUUGGUGCAAUAUAAUAAUCAAUAUGAUAAAUACAGAAUUACUGGAUAUA